UAAUGAAUUUAUGGGGUUUUAGAAAACCAUCUAACUCGGAUUUAAUAAUAGAACCAUUGCAUUUUAACAGAAGAAUGGUAUGCCGUAAUAUUGAGGCCAUCGAUGUUUCGCAACCACUUGUGGAGGUCCAAGUUCUGAUGGCGAUCGUUCUCCUUCAAGGCGUGCACCUCCCGCGCGAGAGAAACUAGAAAUAGAUAACGUCCAAUUCUAAUUUCUGAAGAAUCACGUUAUUGAAACGGACAAUCGGAUUGGAAACGGUAUCAUAUAGGCGUGAUUCUUAGGGUUUCUUUCUGGGUUGCAUGUUCGUAAAAUUACCACCAAACAUCAAAUCAGCAAUUUCAGUUGUAGAUUCUGAUUCUUCCGUUGGAACUGAAGAUGAGUGACGCGAAGGAGAAACAGGAAUUUGUACAAGAUGUAUCAGCUGUUUUAAGUGAAGGAAACCAUGUUAAUGCAAAAGAAGAUGAGCUACAUGAUUCUCUCUCUGUGCCAGCUGAGGCAACUCCAAACUCUUGUGAAAAAGAGAUUGAUUCACCUGAAACUCGUGUACAGGAAAUUGUACCUCAAAUUUCUGGGCAUUCACUUCCCAUGAAUUAUGACCAAGAGUUGGAUAAGCCUGUUGCAGAACCUGCUUCUGAUGUCAAGUCUGGCCCUAUUGAGUUACCCCCAAGGGAUCUAGAUGCUGCUGUUUCCAGCUCUCCCCUAGAAACUGUUCAGUCCUCCAUGGAUGCGAAAUCUGAGACCUUUGAGAUGCCUGAAAUUAAAAACUGUUCUCUCGAUGAUGCUUCAGCAGCAAGUCACGAUGAACCUGUAACUCCCCAUCCAGUGUCAUCUUGUGUAAAAGCUGAAACAGAAAAUGCCAUAGAAUUGAAGGUCAAUGAAGACAUUGUUACUACACCUCAUAAUGGGGAUUCAAACAUGAAUCACUCGUUUAUUUUGGAUGAAAACCAUAUUGCUGAAGGUAGUGAAUCAGGAACAGAAGAAGAGCAAUCUGCUUUCAUGAAGGAGCUUGAGAACUUCUUCAGAGAAAGAAGCUUGGAAUUCAAACCUCCUAAGUUCUAUGGCGAGGGUCUGAAUUGCCUCAAGUUGUGGAGGGCCGUGACUAGAUUGGGAGGCUAUGACAAGGUGACUUCAUGCAAGUUGUGGCGUCAAGUAGGAGAGUCUUUCAAGCCUCCAAAGACAUGCACUACAGUUUCAUGGACAUUUCGAGGAUUUUAUGAGAAGGCUCUCCUUGAUUAUGAGAGGCAUAAAACCAAUGGUGGCGAACUUAGUGUACCUAUUGCUUCCAACUCAGAACCUAUGAGUAUUGAAAACCAGGGACCAGGAUCAGGUAGAGCACGAAGAGAUGCUGCUGCACGCGCUAUGCAGGGUUGGCACUCACAACGUCUUCUGGGAAAUGGUGAAGUUAGUGACCCUAUUAUUAAGGACAAGAACUCACUCUCAAUGCAGAAAAGGGAAAAACAACUAAAAAGCAUUGGUCUUCUUAAACGUAAGAAACCAUCUUACAUGGAGCACGCCAUGAAAUCAACACGUACAAAAUCACCGAAACCACAGUUGGACGUAGCAGUAGUUGAUAUUGGACAACCAGCCGACUGGGUCAAGGUCAAUGUGCAGAAAACUAAAGAUUGUUACGAGGUCUAUGCAUUAGUUCCCGGACUACUUCGCGAGGAGGUGCGUGUUCAGUCUGAUCCGGCAGGACGCUUGGUCAUUAGUGGUGAACCUGAACAUCCUGAUAAUCCAUGGGGUGUCACACCCUUCAAAAAGGUGGUCAGCCUACCGUCAAGGAUUGAUCCACAUCAGACUUCUGCCGUUGUCACCUUACAUGGACAGUUGUUUGUUCGUGUUCCAUUUGAACAGUUGGAAUGAAUGCGUGCUCACUUGAAGCUCUAUGUUCAAACCAAUCUUGUAGUUUGACAUGUUAGUCUGUUUUAUAAUGUUAAUACGGUUUGACAGUGGCAAAAAACCAUUUAGAUAGGCAGGAAGCAUGAUUUUGUUUUGUAAGAUCUUUGAUAGUGGUUAGCUAGCGUUGAAAAGCUGUUAAUGUAUCUUAUAUGAACUUAAUCUAAGGUAUAGCUAGUUUUACAAA